AUGGUUUCCGGAUGGCGCCAAGCCAUCAAAUCAAAGACAUGGACUCGGCAAGACACCAUGAGCGCCGGAUCGCUCUAUCACCUUUCCAACUUGCUCCGUCGUCAUUUUCCAACGUUGAGGACGGUGCCCGGGUUUCACUUUCUUUAUUGUAAUCCUUCCAAUACUUUUUUGGCACAAGACGGCUAUGACAACUACCAGGCACCGUGUGAUGAGGCAGGAAAUCUGCUUUUUGCACGGCGAAUGUGGGCUCGUGGAGAAUUGAACCAGCACGAAUGCCCUUCCAUCGGCGAACCCAUAGAGUGCAAAGAACAGAUAAAAAGUGUUCGAAGCGUGGGAAAGUCGGUUUUUGUUGAAAUAGAACGCCAAUUGACCUCGAAUCAGAGCCCCAUGGUCCAAGAAUUGAGGUCUUUGGUGUAUACCAACGACAAGUACCGUCGCAGCGACUCAGAAGAAGUGGUACCAAAUCACGAAAAAACCAUUACAAUCAACAUAACAGCCAACGAUAUUGCCCGCUACUCAGCAUUGACGUACAAUUUGCACAAAAUCCACUUGGAACGAGCGUACGCCAUUUCAGAAGGUUUUGAAAAUUUGGUGGUGCAAGGUCCAUACAUGGUGACGCUAGCGAUGUGCUGGAUGGAGGUUAAUGGAGUUAAAGUGAAAAGAUUCCAGUACAAAAACCUACGUGCAUGCUACGAGGGAGACAUUACCAUUGGUCUUUCGGGUAACAAAGUGGACAUUUACACUAAAAGUUCACACUUUUUUACAGGAACCGUGAACAGCUAUAAUUCAAUCAGUUAUAGAAUUUAA